GUGUUUCUAGUGUUUCGUCUCCUGCUCCAGCUCCAGCUCCAGCUCCAGCUUAGUAUUUCUUUUCCAGUGUUUCAGUCCUUGGUUCCUUUGUUCAGACUUUUGUCUUUUGGUGAGUUUAGUUAGUACGAGGUUUUUCCCAGCAAUAAAGCUGCGCUUUAAGUUUCACUUUCGUGUCUGAGUUCUGCAUUUUGGGUCCACCACUCCUGCUUGCUCGCCUACCACACAGCCAACCAUGACAGAACGACGCGACCACAAAAUGGACCCAGUGGACUCACCUUUAGGCUGGGAGGAGGAGUUGCUAGAGCAGCUGUUGGAUUAUUGCCAGGCCGUAAUUCAUGCUGUGGACACUCCCAAGAGACUGAUUCAGCUCAGUUACCUGCCCAGCAGCCACCUUCUGCUCAGUUAGCUGCUCAGUCGCCACCUUCGGCUCAGUUUCCAGUGUCCCCGUUGCCUGUGGCCCAGUUACCCGCCUGGCCGCCAGUGCAGUCAUCUACUCCAUCACCUACUCCACUCUCACCACAACCGUUUCAACGGCCACCAGUUCAGACUUCAGUUCAGUCCCCUAGCCUGCUGUACUCUCACCCACCUGGUCAACCAUUGGUCUCAAUGACCUCUGGUCCUGCAUCUACCUCAUACGCUGGGGCUUCUGGAGAGCCUGCCCAGCUGUCACCCUCUGCUAAAGGGUCCGAGGGGCCCAUUCAGCCUCCUGUCGUCGCUGGAGGGUCCAAGGGAUCCGUCCAGCCUGUUGCGCCGCUGCCUGCAGCGCCUUCGUCUCCGGCUUCCACGCCACCGCCUGCAGUGCCAUUCUCGUCUGGUCCUGCCUCAGAGCCUUCAGCUUCGCCCGGUCCUGCCUCAGAGCCUUCAGCUUCGACCGGUCCAAUGUACGUCCAGCCCCUCAACAUCGCCGGCCGCCUUCCAGGCCACUGGCUGGGCGUCGUCGCCAUCGUGGGCGGCCUCCGGACCAGCUCUGUCGUCGCCGCUGCCUUCCGCUACCUGUCGCCUCUGUCAGUGCACCCCAGGGUGGCUGUGGCUACAAUGUAGCU